GCCUUGACUCAAUCGGCUUUCGCUCUCUCUCUGCCUCUCUCGUGUCUUGACUAUCGACCGCCGACGGCCGACUGGCUCUCGGCCUCUCGCUCUCGCAUCUUGACUCUUUAAAAGAGGUAGAGGAAAGUAAUUUGCUGCAGAAAUUAUCAUAAGCUUGCAUUGUUGAUUUCUCUUAGAUUGACUCUUCAACUGCACAAAUAAUAGGAGGUGACAGGGAAGCAGCAGCGAGGAGGCCACAGAGAAGCAGCAGUGAAGUGGGAACAAUCGUUAUGGCGGACUCAGAAUCCUUCCCACCUAUUGAGCCAACCAACUUCGACCUCAUAGUUGUUGGCACGGGCUUGCCGGAAUCCAUCAUUGCUGCAGCAGCCUCCACAGCCGGCAAAACCGUCCUCCACCUUGAUCCUCAUCCCUUCUACGGCUCCCACUACUCUUCUCUCACUCUCCAAGACCUCACUUCCUUCCUCCACGCCCAAUCCAAAAACCCUAAAACCAAUUCUGACCAAUCCGACACCUCGGAUCACACCUCAGAUCACAACGCCACCCUUGAUGUCACCACUCGUCCUCUCUACUCCGAUAUCGAGAUAUCUUCUUACGAUGAUUCCAUUGAGGAACAUUCUAGAAAGUUCAAUUUGGAUUUGGCAGGGCCUAGGGUUUUGUUCUGUGCCGACCUUGCUGUGAACUUAUUGCUUAAAUCAACUGCUAAUCAGUAUGUUGAGUUUAAGAAUAUUGAUGCAAGCUACGUAGGUGAUGCAAAUGGUAACUUAAUGAAUGUGCCAGAUUCGAAGAGCGCUGUUUUUAAGGAUAAAACGCUCAAGUACAGUGAGAAAAAUCAAUUAAAUAGUUUCUUUAAGCUGGUACAGGGGCAUCUUGAAGCUGUUAAGUCUGUUGGUGUUGGUGUUGAUGUUGAUGAUGGGAAGAUCAUUUCAGAUGAGGAUUUGGAGAGUCCAUUCGUUGUGUUCUUGGACAAGAUGAAAUUGCCUCCGAAGAUUAAAUCGAUCAUUCUCUAUGCCAUCGUCAUGGUUGAUUAUGAUCAAGAUGGUGGAGAAUCCUGUAAAGAUAUUCUCAGGACAAGAGACGGCAUAGAUCGUUUAGCCCUUUAUCACUCAUCAGUUGGAAGGUUUCCUAAUGCACUUGGCGCAUUGAUUUACCCCAUUUAUGGCCAAGGAGAGCUGCCGCAAGCCUUUUGCCGACGUGCUGCUGUCAAAGGGUGUCUUUAUGUUUUGAGAAUGCCAGUGGUAUCUGUACUUCUGAACAAGGAUGGUGGCAGUUAUAGAGGCGUGAAAUUGGUUUCUGGCCAGGAAUUAACCAGCCAUCAGCUGGUAAUGGAUCCAUCGAUUACCAUAGCAUCUCCACUGGUUAAUUCAUCUUCAGAAUCUCCCAAAGAUGUUUCUAAUGUCUUUGAUCUUCGAGAUGUCAGUGGGAAGUUGGCCCGUGGAAUAUGCAUUGCAAAGAGUUCUUUAAAGCCGGACGUAUCAAACUGUCUGGUCAUAUAUCCUCCUAGAUCUCUGUACCCUGAUCAGGCUACAUCAAUCCGGGUUCUUCAGCUAGGGAGCAAUUUAGCCGUUUGUCCUUCCGGCAUGUUUGUUUUCUACGUUUCAGUUGUAUGUGAUGAUGCUCUUGAAGGAAAAAAGUCUCUGCAUGCGGCUAUUGAUGGUCUUUUCUCAAUACACUCCUCGGGCGCAACUGACACCAGUUCCACUGUUCAAACCGACACUACAGAAGCGAAACCUUCUUUGCUUUGGAGUGCACUGUUUAUACAGGAUCUGAUUGAGGGUUCGAUGGGACCUGUGGUUACGACCCCUACUCCAGAUGGAAAUCUGAACUACAACGAUGUUCUAGGUGCAACAUCAAAGGUAUUUUCAGUAUCCAAUCAAAGCAUGUUUCAUUUUCAAAAAUUAGAAAAUUAA